UUCGGCGGCAGGAUGGCGUCUGGCAAGUCCAAGGUGAAGAUGUGGAAGAACGCGUAUGUGCACUUUGCAGACAAGAAACGCAUGGAAUUGACCAAGGAGCAUCCGUCGAUGGACAAUGCAACCAUCAGUCGCGAACUUGGCCGGCUGUGGAAAGGACUGCCGGCUGACGAACGCAAUGUGUGGAUCAACCUUGCCGCGUACGAUCGCGCCCGAUACGUAGCCGAGUGCCACAUGGAGGCGACAUUAGAUCCAUCGCCCCUUCCCGGCAAAGCAUCCGCUCUUUCCACCACCUCCAUCACCGUGGACACUUCGCCCGAGUACGACAUGUCGUCGUUCUCCAUGAUGUCUCCCCAUCCUCAAUCAUCUUCGCAGCCCACCACAACGUACGGAGAUCCCCUCAGUCAAUUCUCUCUUCCUCUUCUCGACACGACGCCGCCUUCGUUGCCGUCAUCAUCCAAGAAGCGCAAGCGGUCCACUUCGUCGUCAGGAUCGCAUGUCCAGCUAGCGUACUACUACUUUCGCCGCACGAAACGAGAUUCUGUGCUGGCGGCCAAUCCGUCCAUGCUGUCUGCCGACGUGAAUCGAGAAAUCGGACGGCUGUGGCAAGCGUUGCGGCCCGAACAGAAGCAGCCGUGGACGCAACUGGCCAUCGCCCACGCCAAGUCGAAUCAAUCCGACCAAAGCGUUGGUGCUGCGAACGUUCGUCCGAAACUCAAAGAUCCGCUGGCCCCGAAAGCCCCUCGAUCCGCGUUUCACUUUGUCGUGGAAGCUCGACGGAUGGAACGCCCUGACAUGACGUACAAGGAGGUGACCAAGGAAGCUGCGCACAUGUGGCGCCACCUGCCCGACGACAAGCGGGCGCCAUGGAUCAAACUCGAACGCCAAGAUCGACUGCGCUACGAGCAACAGAUCAAGUUGUACAAGGCGCCGUCGUACGCGCGUGAUAUUGUCCAUAGUACAGACGAAGCCAGCACGAAACCACAGUCGGCCUACGCGCAUUUCUUUCGUGAAAAGCGGACGUUGUACCCCGACUUGUCAUUUGUGGACGUCACAAGGGAGUUAAGUCGGCAGUGGAAGCGCAUGGCGGUUGACGCCAAGCGGCCGUGGCUACAGAAAGCCCUCGACGACAAACUUCAGAAAAAGAAUAGGGGUGCUCAUCACUCGAUCUCUUCCGCGCACCCAACCGAGCAGCAGCAGAAGUUGUCGUCGUUGCCAUCUUUGCUGCAUCCUCGCCUAAGUCGUCGCAAACCACGGAUUGGACCAACGAGACCCAAGUCGGCGUUUGUGCAUUUUCAGCUGCACACAAGACACUCGAUGCCGGACGUGCCGUACAAAGAGUACAUGCAAACGAUCGCCGCCAUGUGGAAAGCCACGCCGGAUGAAGGCAAGCGGCCGUGGCAACAACUCGCCAAGGAGGACAGCGAGAGGUACACCCGCGAGUGUGCGGCGGCGUCCGAAACUACCAGCAGAAGCAGCGCCACCACCACCAUGGAUCCAUCGACGACAUCCGGCGCACUUGCCGCCCACAACGCCACCCCUGGGGGUGCAAAGUCGCCGCUGGCAGCUCGGCUGCGUUAUGGAUUUGCAUGCUUUGUGCAAGCCAAGAAGCACGACUUGUUGGCCACGACACCCCACUUGACCCACAACGAACUCUUGCAUGAGGUGGGCAAACUGUGGCGUGGGUUGUCUCCUAUGGAACGCCAGCCGUGGCGGGAGCUGUUGGACACCCCCAAGACCCAGCAAGUUGUGGACCCCCAGGACCCGACCACGUCGACGGCGUGCUCGGCGCUCGAGGCAGACGACUCGACGCAUCUGGAGCUCAUGGAAGGGCUGUGGGGGGAUGACGCAAGUGUGACGACGAGCAUGUUUUACGAAGACGACUUGUCGCAGUCACACCAUCACUUGUCGCUGCCGAUGAUGGAAGACAUGGACGGGAUGCAGCAUCACAAUCAUCCGCACCAUUCAUCCGAGAUGCACUUGCAAUGAAACGACACACGAUCGAUAACAUCGUCACACAUGCAGAGAGUGUGGGAUUUGCAGCCCCAUCCCUACAGACAGUCUUGUUGUCAUCUAAUAACAUCGUCACACAUGCAGC